AUGGUAUUAGGGCAAGCAAGAACUUAGUAUGUCCAGCAGUCAUAUUAUCCUUGAUUUUAAAAGCAUAAGAGAGUUGGGAAUGGUACAGAGUUCAAUCAAUAGCGGAGUCAUAAAGCAAACAAAAUCUUCCAUUCAGGGCUUAUUUGUGAGGGAUAGCGGGGUAUCUGCAAUUUUAGUUGGUGGGGAAUGUGAACUACCUUUGGUUCUAUUUUUUGUUCAUUCUGUGAAAGAAUGAAAGAACUAGGAUGGUUAUAUGCUUGUGAAAGCUGAGGGAAAUACCCAUGCAGCUGCCAGCCCUUUGUGACAGCCCAAACUGAUUGAGAAUUCAAGGCUUAAGUGUAUAUUCAGUGUGCAAAGAAAGAAGUGUCCGAUAGCCCGGGGCUACCGCUAGUGGAGUUUGCUAUCGGGUGAGUGAUUCUGUUUUUAACUUGCGUGAUGGGCAAGUGAUGUUAACAAUAACAAUACCAGUACUUCAAUGACCACUGAAGUUCAUUUAGCGUAAUCUACAUGUAGCUGCGGGAAAAAUAGCCUCAAAUACGCUAGAUAUUUUUUGUAAUUAGAAUGUGUAGCAUUAAAAACAGAGAGGGAUGUUUCUGUGCGGGGUAUCAUGGUUGUAAAACCCCGUCAUACUUCAUUAUAAUCUUCAUCACAUUCAUUCAUUUAUUUACUUAUUUAUCUAUUUUAUUUAUUUAUUUUUUGGCUGCUUGGAUUAUUCAUAGAGGUCUAGUGGAACCAGGCAGCCAGUUGAUAAUGGUAAUAAUACUGAGUGGAGUCCAAUUUGGUCUGUAAUCAUACGAGUGAUAAACAAAAUCAGACGACCGCGUAGCGGGAGUCCGAGGUGCUUAAUCACGAGUAGAGUAAAGACGCGGCGGUCGCAUAGCGCGGGAAAAUUCCAUGACUUGCUUCCCUAUGUGGCCGGUUACAGAGCCGGAAGUGACGUAGAAUUAACGAAACUGACUCAUCACCAAGCCACUUAACGAAGCAGUAAUCGAGGUGAUUACGAUUAUCCAAAGAGAGGCUAUUGUAAGUCAAAUGCAACAAAGGGGAUUGCUCUGGCCAAUCAAAUGAGAGGCAACUAAUUAAAUGAACCAAUCAAAAUACAGAGUAAAGACUUGGAGGUGGCAAAGCGCGGAAAAUACUAUGACUUGUUUCACUUUUAGUUGCUUGACACGUGGCCGGUCACAGCGUUGAGGCGGGAAAUUUGCCUUAAGUGCGAAAUAACUUAAAUGCUAACUGGUGAACAAAUUGUUUAUCUUGAGAGUGUUUUCCUUGUAUAUGAUCUGAAAUAUAUGUUGUGUUUGUAAAGGUGACAAGAAUAAAAAGAAAAAGUCUGGGAGUGGCUCCAGUACCUCUUCUAAUAGCGGUUCAUCGACCCCAACGAUUGCUACAGACGGCGCUGCUAAUACCAUUGCUGCCGCUGCUACAAAGCUGAGUCAGGACAGACCAGGGACUCCCUGUAAGUAUAUCCCCACUAUUUUCCGGGUACGUAGAUGAAAUUGUACGGAGUGACCGUAUAAAUGAAACCUAUUUAGCAAAACCUUCGUCAGGUACUAUUUCUUUCACAGUAUUUUACAAACUAGCAUUUUGGAUGUUGUUCCAUUUGUUCCCGAUCAGCUUCAUGUUCCCCGUGUUGAAACAAUUUUUUAAAUUGUCUGGGUUUUUGUAGCAAAAUCAAAGAAGCGCUCAGCAAAAGCAAGUAAAAAAGAUACCCCAGGCGAAGAGGGAAGUCCGGCAAGCAAAAAACCUCGUGUAUCCCCGGCACCUUCCGCGGGAGGGGCAGGAGGAGGCUCAAGAACAAGCACCCCAACACCGACCGGUGGUGAGGAAGGCCCUCAGGGAAUCACUGAGGAAGGCAUGAGAAGGUACCUAACAAGAAAGCCCAUGACCAGCAAGGACCUUUUGCAAAAGUUCAAGAGCAAACGAACGGGCCUGUCAAAUGAUGAGACGGUGAAAAAGCUUGCUGCUAUUGUUAGAAAUAUACAGCCCGAACAGAAAACCAUCAAAGGGAAACUUUAUCUGUCGCUUAAACCACAGAGCUGAGGUGUGCGCGAGAGAAGGUCUCUUGUUUCGUCCCAUUCUCGCUUAAGGUGG